AUGCUGCACGUCGGCUGCACCCCACAUGUUGGGCAUGCUAUCAUUAUCUUUAUCUGUAUCUGUCAAACACAAGUGACUAUUAUCUUCGUUAUCACUGGCCCCUCGGCAGAUUACAGCCAGUCCCUGCUCCAAUUUGCCGAAGCCAAGAGUGGAGAUGUGGAUAUCAAACAGCCCCAGUCCUCGUGUGAGCCACCUCAGGUUUCCAGAUUGCAUGCUCUCCGCACGAUCGAAUUUGCGGGGUAG